GGGCUGGGUCUUAAGCCACUUCCUUCGCGCAGCCUUUUUGUUUCGCGUUCUCAGCGCUGAAUCCAACCAAAGUUCCAUUCCUUGGCCAACCAUCAACUUAUUAACUUAUCAACUUGUCAACCGCCAACUCCUCUGUUGCGUAACGUAACGACAACUUUCUAAAGGCUGAGCAGGCUCUCGGUCUGGCAAUCUCUUAUAUCGCCUACUUCAUCGUCUUCGAGAUUUCAUCUCAUGUAUCCUUUAACGUUUGUUCCAUUAUACAUUUAGAACUUGGUUUCUUCCGUAACCUAUUGGUUAACCUGGUUCUUACUGUUAUCAUAUCCUAACUGCUAUAUCCGUAAAUCAUGAGUAGCAAUCAGUUAGAAAUUCGUUCAGUCUCUCCUGACAUUGAACAGCAACGGCUGCGUAACGCUUCAUCGGCACAUCCGGACGAUCCGCUUAGCGGCCCGCAACAUCUCGAGUUCAACGAGGACGACGACCCUCCGACCCCGCGCUUUAUGCAGGACCAAGGCGCUUGGAAGAAAUGGAAAUGGGUCCCAUAUCCCGUCCGAAAGUAUGGGAAAGCCGCCUUUAAAUGGAUGAAGGGUCCGCAGAACCCCAAGGUCUGGAAGAUUGAGCCACUCUUUCCCACCGUCCAAGAGGCGCCACUUCGUCUGCUCGACAAAUACCUUCCCAGCAAGAAGCACAAAAUAUUGUUGUAUAUGGGCUAUAUUGCUGUAUGGAUUAUUAUAUUUGCCAUUGUUAUGUGGCGGGGCCAGGCUGCUUCAGAAGUUGCGGGUUAUGGCACCCCUAUGGACAUAGGAUGUGGUGUCACAUAUUGGAGCCGCAAUAACGGCUGUGGUCUUGACGGUGUCGACUGCAGACCGUUCAACGGCAGUGGCUUUGCCUUUCGCUGCCCAUCCAACUGCGCCAGCUACCGGGUUCUCAAUCCUCGAGCAGUAGGGAGCCAGGAAGUAGUCUACGCACCGUUAAUCGUCGGUGGACCACCCGAUCCCGCCAACGAAGAGAACCCAAUCUACCGGGGCGAUUCUUUUAUUUGCGGAUCCGCCAUUCAUGCUGGCCUCAUUUCUAAUUCCCAGGGUGGUUGUGGUGUCGUCAACCUAGUAGGGCGCCAGCAAAACUACAUUGGCACGGAUAGACAUGGCAUCAAAAGCGUUGCCUUCGAUUCAUACUUCCCGCUGUCCAUUACCUUUGAGCCGGGGAUCGAAUGCAAGGCUAGAGACGUAAGGUGGUCGCUACUAGCGGUUUCCGUAGUCUUCACCUCCGUAUUAUCGUUAUUUACUGCUUCGUCAUCAGUAUUUUUCUUUACUGUCUUUAUUGGUAUAUUUUGGCAAGUAGGUAUGGCUUCCGACCCGCCGUCCUACACGUCAAUUCCCGCAUUGUUUUCCAACAUUCUGGGCAAGUUUCUUCCCGCCAUGUUCUGUGCGUGGGUAUUUUAUGACAAGAUGGGCGUGCGGCGAACUUUACGAGGAUUAACGGCCCAGGUUGAGAAGACUGUCUUGUGGCUAGGUGGCUGCUGGGUUGGGGCACUUACAAAUUACACUUUCGACUUUAUACCUAUCCAACGCCUGAAUGGGCACGAUCUCGAGCAGCAACCUGGUGCAAAGGCAGCUCUUGCUAUUAUUGUCAUCGUAUUGUUUUUCAUCGCUGUUGGCCAAGUCUGGUGCUUCCGACAAGAAGGGAGAUUGGUACGGAUUAUCAAGCUAUAUGCGCUGUUCAUCUUGGGGAUCAUCAUCUGCCUCGUGCUACCUGGUCUCAGCUUGCGUAUUCAUCAUUACAUCUUAGCUUUGCUCUUAGUACCGGGUACCGGCAUACAAACAAGGCCGUCUCUUCUAUACCAAGGUAUCCUAAUAGGGUUAUUCAUCAACGGUAUAGCUCGCUGGGGAUUUGAUUCUAUCUUACAGACCUCGGUAGCUUUGCAGGGUGAUGCUCAACUAGGGUCCCCCCUUCCUACUCUCCUCGCACCUAUUAUCAACACUACUCUUUCAACAAUCACAUUCCAGUGGCAACCUUCGCCGGGAUUGCGAUACGAUGGUAUCAGUGUACUAGUCAACGAUGUUGAAAGAUACCGUGGUUUCUUCGCCGAUGAAGACUCAGACCGCUUCGUAUGGUCUCGCGACAACGGGUCCGAAUAUAACGAGUACUUCCGAUUUGGGUUCAUGUCGGGUACUACGAGUGGAGAUUAUACUAAGGCCGGUAUCUGGACAAAGGACCUUGAUUGGGUUGAUCCUCAACCAGGACCUUCAAAAAUCAAAGCCCGAGAUUUGGGCAGGUCCAAUACAGAAACAGAACAGGUACCCCGUGCCGUAUGGAAAUGAAUGAUGAUCGUAUUAUGAUAGCCAAUCAAUGCAGUUAGAAGUUUUAUGAGUGAAUAUGGUUCAUUAUUUAACACUUUACAGUCAAGGAUCUAUUAACUUAUAAACGUUGAGUUUUCUGUCAGCUAGUUAUCUACCUUUAUUGGAAGUUAACAUCGGC